AUGGCUCCGUUUGAAGCUUUAUAUGGGCGGAAGUGUCAACCUCAUGUUUGUUGGCACGAAGUCAGUGAAGCUCGUAUUACAGGGCCUGAGUUGAUUCAAGAAACAACUAAUAAAAUUCGUCAGACCCACAAUAAUCUUUUGGGAGCUAAAAGUCGUCAGAAAAGUUAUGCUGACAAACAACCCAACCCACUCGAAUUCAAUAUUAGUGACCGAGUACUUCUAAAGGUAUCUCCGUGGAAAGGAGUGGUUAGAUUUGGGAAGAAAGGCAAACUAGUAUCUUGCUACGUUGGCCCUUUCAAGAUUCUUGAGAGAAUUGGAAAGGUAGCUUGCAAACUCGAGUUACCGGACGAACUCGGUAGAAUCCACGCUGUCUUACAUGUGGCUAAUCUGAAGAAGUGCCUUGCUGAUGAAAUCCUCCAUGUUCCACUUCCACUUGAAGAUAUACAGAUCGAUGAGUCAAUGCAUUUUGUUGGAAGACCCGUCGAGGUCAUGGAUCGUGACGACAAAUAA